UUCUCCCCCAGUCUUUAAGUUUGGCCUUGUGCGCUGGUCGUUCACUGCCGAGUUUUCUGAAUAAAACAAGUAUUUUUAGGAGUAUUGACUUUAUAUUUAUUUAAUCGCGAUGUCGGACGAAGGAAGUCCCAAUUUACAAAAAUUACGCGAUUUUAGAUUACAAAAGAAACCUCCACUUUCGCACAUUUCAAAUGAGCUCAAUACUUCUACGGACGUUAACUCGGGUGCCCAGUCGCCUGUUCAGAGGAGAAGGAUCCUGGUCUUACCAGACUCGGAUUCUGAACAAGAAAAGGAAGGUGAAAAACCACAUUCACAGAUUAUCAUAACGAAUAAUAGCACUUUUAAUAGCAAAUACAACGGCUUUAGUCAAAAAGCAAUGAAAAACCCGUCUAUCUUAGAAAAAGAGAAGCAAAUGAAGUUUCUCCUGGAAAUUUUUCCAAAUCUGGAAGCAAUGCAAAUACAUGACUGCUUAUCGAAGCAUAGCUUCAACACUGAUGCAGCAGCGGCUGAACUGUCUAGGAUGUACAAUAAAACUACGCAACUCGGUUAUACAGGGUACAACCAGUGGAGGCAAGACUACGAUAGACGAGAAGCCGAGUCAAGAAAUUCCCAGUUAGCUAAUCAAGUCAUAUACGAACAACAGCAAAGUUUUAAAAGAAAAUCUGACGAUGAACCCACAAAGAAAAAGAAAGUGAAAAGAAGGAAAUCUUACGACAGUGACGACAGCACGGGCAGCAAUAACUAUAAAGAUAAAAGAGUGUUUGACAGCGACGAAGAUUCCGACGUGGAAAUCAGUAACGAGCUAACUGGUGAUAAAAAGAAAGUAUUUGAGUUUUUCCAAACGGCUACGAUGAACGAGCUCCAGCUGAUGACGUCAUGUUCCAAGAAAAAGGCAGAAGUUAUAAUAGAGUCCCGCCCGUUCACCGACUGGGUCAACCUGGUGCAAAAACUGCAAGAUAACAAAAACUUAAGCACCGACCUUUUGAAUUACGCGCAACAAGUCAUCGCCACCAGGAACAACAUCAAGCACCUCAUGAAAAAGUGCACGAACUUGGCCCAGCAGAUGGAAAGGGCGGUAGCGGCAGGGGCCGGCGUGAAAGAGCAGCCCCCGAGCUUGUCCUCCACAUUGAGGUUAACGAGCUACCAGAUGGUAGGUUUGAAUUGGCUGGUGGUGCUGCACUCGCAGGGCGUGAACGGCAUCCUGGCUGAUGAGAUGGGCUUGGGCAAAACGGUGCAAAUAAUUUCAUUUCUCGCUCACUUAAAAGAGAUCGGUGCUGCUACCAGCACACACCUCGUCAUUGUGCCUUCUUCGACUUUAGAUAACUGGAAAAAUGAAUUUGCCCGCUGGUGUCCCGAGCUAAGGGUGUUCAUGUAUUACGGAACCACCGAGGAAAGGAGACAAUUUCGUUUCGAUCUUGCCAAAGGGAUGCUCGCGGAUUUCGAUGUAAUAUUAACCACGUAUACUAUAGUCGGUAACAGUCCCGAGGAGAGAAAAAUGUUCAGGGUGACGCCGAUGCACUACGUUAUAUUCGACGAAGCGCACAUGUUGAAAAAUAUGAACACGCAGCGGUACGAGAACUUGAUACGGAUUAACGCGAAACACAGGAUUUUACUGACGGGCACCCCGUUACAGAACAACUUGUUAGAGUUAAUGUCGUUGUUGAUUUUCGUUAUGCCGAAAAUAUUCGCCGAGAAAACGGACGACUUAAAAAGCUUAUUCCAAAAAAACUCGAAAAGUAACAAACAGGGCGAGGACGACGCCAUACCCGCCUUUGAACGGGACCAGAUCGAACAGGCCAAGCGGAUAAUGAAGCCGUUCGUGCUCCGCCGGCUCAAGUGCGAGGUGCUGCAGGACUUGCCGAAAAAAAUCGACCACGUAAUAAACGUUCCCAUGGCUACCACCCAGAAGGAACACUACGAGCAGCUCAUAGCUUCGUACAAGAACCUGAACGAGGACGGGGAGAACUCGUACAACGGCAUGAGCAUAAUGACGGACCUCAGGAAGUUGAGCAACCACCCGUUAUUGAUGAGGUUCCAUUACGGUAUGGAGCAGCUGCAGGAGAUCGCCAAGCUGUUGGCGGAGGACCCGGGGUAUAAGGACACCGUGGUGCAGUACAUCGUCGACGAUUUGGUGUGGAUGUCCGAUUUCGAGAUCCACACCUUAACGAAAGACUACUCGUGCUUGUCCAAAUUCACCCUUCCGGAUGAACUGAUGCUGGUCUCGGGGAAAUUCAUGCAUUUCGACAAGAUGCUUCCGGAACUGAAACAAAACGGGCACAGGGUCCUGAUCUUCAGCCAGUACGUGAUCAUGCUGAACGUCAUGGAGGAGUACCUGCGGAUACGGAACUACAAGUACAUGAGGUUGGACGGCAGCACAGCCGUCAACAUACGGCAGGACCUUAUAAACGAAUUCACGGAGGACGACAGCUACUUCAUCUUCCUGCUCUCGACGAGGGCUGGCGGCCUCGGCAUAAACCUGACGGCGGCCGAUACGGUGAUUAUCCACGAUAUCGAUUUUAACCCGUACAACGACAAGCAGGCCGAGGACAGGUGCCACCGGAUGGGGCAGAUGAAGCCCGUGACGGUGUACCGGUUCGUCUCCAAGGGUACCAUCGAGGAGGGGAUGCUUGAAAUGAAUAAGGAGAAGCUGAAGUUGGAGCGGGAGAUCACGACGGACGAGACGGACAACCCGGACGUGAAGAGCGUGGUUAGGGUGCUGUCGUCGGCACUGGGAAUCGACACGGCUAAAGCGACGAACCUAGUUUCACCAAAGAAAAAACCUUGAGUAUUGUGAAUUUUUGUUAGUUAAUUUUUAUACAAUAUAUAUACAGAUUACUUAAUGGUAGAUUAAUUGUUAAUUUAGGAUCGGUUUGUACCAUACCGACCGUCAAAGGUAAUAUUUAAUUAAUGUGAAUCGGAAAUAUUGAUGGGCGAAAUAACCAGAGUGGGAAAGCGAAGGUCGGUACAGUACGAUUCGAUUUUUAAACAAACUUUUAUCUCUUCAUGUUAUAAUUCAUUUAUUUAUUUAAAUAUGUUUAGAUCUUUGUGUGGAUCGAGGACUCAUUGUAUGAGAUUUGCAUAUUAUGUUUUAAUUCCAUGUAUAUCUUACAAUAAAAACAUAUUUUUUCA